UGGCUGUGUUCGUGUGUCUGUGCUGAAAAGCUUUGAGAUUGCAGAGCUACUGUUCAGUCAACAGCAGACUUCAAGCUGCACACAGUCUCUACCACGCGCGAUGCCUUCUCCGAUCCCCGUGUCCCGCCUGCUGCCCCAAAACAUCUACCCCUGUCUGGACUUCGGGACGUGCAGUAGUCCGCUGACCAAACACUCCCACGGUUCCACCUUACAAGUCCCCGUACAGCGGCUCAAUGGCAGAGUCACCAGCCGGCUCUGGUCCUCUGUGAUCCACUGGAAGGAGCUGCGCUCCGUCCAGCCUGUGGGCUCCGGAGGAUUCGGCUCAGUCUACAAGGCGGAGUACCUCGGUGAGACCGUCGCACUGAAGAAAGUCAAGAAGUGGACCAAGAACAAGCUGGCAUCCCGGCAGAGCUUCUGGGCCGAACUGAACGCAGCACACCUGCGCCACAGAAACAUCGUGCGCGUCAUCGCGGCGACCACCUGCGUACCGGCGGAUUUUGGAGAUGAAAGCAGCAUCGGAACGAUACUGAUGGAGUUUGUGGGGAGCAGAAAUCUGCAGCAGAUCAUUUACGGAUGUGCUGAGCCGCUGGGGGAGAAUAGGUGGCUCAGGUACUCCACAGACAUUGUACAUGGCUUGCGGUUCCUUCAUUCCCACACCGUUGUGCAUCUGGACAUUAAACCAGCUAACGUGUUGGUGUCAAGUGAAGACGUCUGCAAAAUUGCCGAUUUUGGCUGUUCUUUGAAACUGGACCGUGGAUGUGAAGUGAGCGCUAUCAGCCCCCAUCUGAGCCACGUAGGCGGCACGUACACGCACAGAGCCCCGGAGCUGCUGAAAGGCGAGGGAGUGUCUCCGAAAGCGGAUAUCUUCUCUUUCGGGAUCACCUUGUGGCAGCUGAUCACCAGAGAACAGCCCUACACCGGCGACAGGCAGCACGUGCUCUACGCGGUUGUGGCGCACAACCUGCGACCGUCUGUUCAGAACCAUCCGGUGUUUCAGUCGGAGCAGGGUAGGGUGUAUAGGACUCUACUGAGCCAGUGCUGGAGCGGUGAGGGCCGCUGCAGACCCAGUUCCCAGGAGCUGCUGCCUCACCUGGAGCAGCUGCGCUCCCAGAUAUGAGUUUAUAUUAUAGCUGGUGUACAGAUAUAGGCCUUCUGACAGCUGUGAGUUUUAUAAAAUGGACAAGUUUAGGAACAUUUUAGUAGGUGCUCUUCUGCAGUGUCAACUUAACAGGAGGAAGCAGUGGACUACCCAUUUUCUUAUGGCCACCUUCAUGCCCAAUCCCUUUAACAAAGUAUACAAUUAAGUGUUCUUGUUUAUUGGCCAAAAUACAAUGUGCAUCACAAAUUUAAAUUACUAGACUACCAUAGAUGCCUACUUUUAAAUUUGGCACAUGUAAAACCCCACAACAAAGCAUUUCUUGUAAUAAAAACAGCUUUGAAAUUGUUUGUCAUUGCCUGACUGAUAGAUUUUUGGUUGCAAAAUAGUCUCCAACACACAAUACAAUUUUACUUGAGACUACAUGUGCCGAUUUGAAGUGGCUCCCAAUGACUAAGCAAUGACACUGUACAUUUGUUUUCUUGGCAGUGUGAGUGUCAUUAUUUCAGCCUAUUGGCAGAAGUUCAUUUGUUGAAAGAAAAUGGACCUUUUAAAAAUCUGUUUAUUUUAGUCCUGCACUGUUAACACGUCAUUGUUGUUUCAUUUGCCAACUCAAACCAUCCACACUUUGUUACUGUGAGUUCUAACUGACUUUGUUUUAGCAUUUUUUUCUUAAACUAAGGAAUCAAAAUGUGUUGUGAAUUUUAUUUGCCAUGAUGAGAUUGUAAUAUGACAUUUAAGUGUGAUGGGUUUUCAUUAAAAUUAUUUUUAUACUAUA